UGUUAAAUUGGCUGACUACGCUACUGAUCAUUGUUUAGAACAUUUCUUCACUUACAUAAUAAUAAACAACUUUGAUGCUGCGACUCUUGCGACAGCAAUGUUUAUGCGUUACUGCUCGCAGGGCCUCUCAUCAGAGAGGCUUCUUCACCCUCCCGAACUUCUCGCCUUUCUCGCCCUCAUCGACAUCACCUGACCCUGAUGAACCGCCAGCAACACAGACUUACCACGAACGCAAGAUUUUUCCUUACGGACGCAUGGAUUUGUACAACUUAGUUGCAGAUGUUGGCUCAUAUUCCAGUUUUGUGCCAUAUUGCACUGGCUCAAGAAUAUUGGAACGACGUGUGGGCCAGGAUGGUGUGGUCACGAUGGACGCGGAGUUAAUGGUCAGUUUCUUGGCAUUCAAGGAGAGUUAUAUUAGCAGGAUGACAUGUCGGCCUUAUGAAUCCGUCCAGGCCGAAGCAUCGAGUUCAACCCCUCUCUUCAAAACCCUCCAAACAACAUGGCGCUUCCAACCAGCUUCAUCAAUAUCCCCUCACCCUUCAAGUGGUCUACUGCUCCACGGUGAUGCCAAGAACUCCGUACCCGUGGAUAGCCAUUCUCCUGACGCCGGACCCACUCUUGUCACACUGGAUAUCGCUUUCGCAUUUGAAAAUCCGCUGUACUCUGCUCUCUCUUCCAAGUUUUUUGGAAAUGUGUCUAUGCUGAUGGUGCAAGCCUUUGAAGAACGCUGUCUAGCUGUGUAUGGAUCAGGGACUAAGUAAUGUACAGACGUGCAAUGAGAACAGAUGUUCGAUUAAUCCAAAGGAAUUAAUAUUUGCCACUGUGGAAUGUA